AUGCCUCCUUCGAACUUUCCUCUUCGUUGGGAGAGUACAGGAGAACAAUGGUGGUAUGCAUCACCCAUUGAUUGGGCUGCAGCAAAUGGCCUCUAUGAUCUAGUGGUGGAGCUUUUACACCUUGACACCAAUCUCCUCAUAAAGCUAACUUCACUUUGUCGAAUUCGCCGCCUCGAAACCGUGUGGGAUGAUGAGACACAGUUCGAAGAUGUCGCUAAAUGUCGCUCGCAGGUUGCUAGGAAUCUCAUGCUUGAGUGCGAGACAGGAAAAGGCCAUAACACUCUCAUUCGAGCUGGGUAUGGUGGAUGGCUUCUUUACACUGCUGCCUCUGCUGGUGACGUGGAUUUUGUACAAGAAUUGUUGGGAAGAGACCCUUUUCUUGUGUUUGGUGAAGGAGAGUAUGGAGUCACUGAUAUGCUUUAUGCUGCAGCCAGGAGCAGCAAUUCUGAGGUAUUCAAACUCCUCCUUCAUUCUUCUCUCUUGCCAAGAGAGUGCCAGAGUAGUGGUGAAGAAUUGGAUGAAAGUUCUAGAGUUUUCAAGAGGGACAUGAUGAAUAGGGCCAUCCAUGCUGCUGCCAGAGGAGGGAACUGGGAGAUUCUGAAGCAGCUUGUUGGAAUUGCUUCUGACAUUUUAGCUUAUAGAGAUUCUCAAGGAUGCACAGUGUUGCAUACAGCAGCUGGCAGAGGACAGGUUGAGGUGGUGAGAAAUCUACUUGCGUCAUUUGAUAUUGUCAACUUAACUGAUGCUCAAGGGAACACAGCAUUACAUGUAGCUUCUUACAGGGGUUACUUAUCUGUGGUUGAGAUUCUGAUUCUUGCAUCACCCUCACUAGCAUUGUUAACCAAUCACUAUGGAGAUACUUUUCUUCAUAUGGCAGUUGCUGGUUUCAAAAGUCCUGGUUUCCGUAGACUGGACAAGCAUAUUGAACUCAUGAAGCAAUUGGUGAGUGAAAAGAUUGUGAACGCGGGGGAUAUUAUCAAUGUCAAGAACAAUGAUGGAAGAACAGCUCUUCAUGUAUCAGUGAUUGAUAACAUCCAAUGUGAGCUAGUGGAAUUAUUGAUGUCUGUGUCAUCAAUUGAUUUGAACAUCCAUGAUGCUGAUGGGAUGACCCCUUUGGAUCUUUUGAAGCAAAGACCAAGAUCAGCAUCUUCUGAAAUUUUAAUCAAACAGUUGAUUUCCGCUGGAGGAAUCUCUAAUCAUAAGGAUUCUAUGGCAAAUACCCUUUUCACUCAUAUGAAAAACCAUGUCAUUGGAGGGAGUCCUGGGACUUCAUUUAGAAUACCAGAUGCAGAGAUAUUCUUGUACACUGGCAUUGAGAAUGCAUCUGAUGGCAAGUAUGAUCAAGCAAGUGUGGAAUCAUAUUCGUGCUCAAGCGAACUAAGCAAUUCUGACUCGGCCAAUUCUCCAUAUAACAUUAAGUCUAAUUCUGUCAAUUAUGCUGCAAGGCGCUUAAAGUUUCUUCUCCAGUGGCCUAGGAGAAGAGAGACAAAAGCAGCAGCCUCAAAUUUGGAAGAUGAUGAUUCUCUUGAUCCUUUCAGUUCAAGUAGAAACUUGGAAGAGUUUCCAAUCCCGUUACGGCAAAGAUACUCACAACCAUGCUCCCUUCCAAACAACAAAAGAACACAAUCUAUGAGGAAUUACAUUCCAAGUACAAUCUCCAAAAUGAAUUUCACUGCGCGCCUAAUGCAAGGGGUGAUUCAGGUAAAGCCACAAGUGCCUCUUACUCCUGAUUCAACUUCUAGUCCUUUUCAAGAAUUAUCUGUGGCUUCUCUUUCUUUGAUCAAUAAACAAAAGGGUGUUGAUAUAAUGGGACCCUCUUGCUCCAACCGAUCAAUAGAUGAUUGCACACUUCAAUUGAACCACAAACAGAGUUCCUUCAAUAAGAAAUUGAUGAAUCGGUAUUUCUCGUUUGGAGCACAAGGCCUGGCUGUGGAAGAUUCAAAUAGCUGCGCUAAGUCAAAUGGGAGUUAUAAGCGUUUCAGUUCUUUAGUUGCCUAA